CUCUGACACAUAUUUCAAUCUCAGAUUAAGGAGAAUUUGGUACAAACAAAAUCUGAUCUCAUAAGACAGAACACAAGGACUUAGUACAAACUUCUUUCGUAUGGGUUGGUGGAUAGAUUCGCGCCGAUAACUGAGUUUUUUGGAGUUGCGGGAACCGUUUGGGUUGAUUCUUCCUUUGGCCUUUCGUCUUUGUUUACUCGAUAAAUAAACUGGUUAUUCAGUGAUUUUGCUUUUGUAAAGCCCUGGCGGUCCUCCUGUAAGCAACCUGUCACCAGGUUUUGAAGAAGUACCGGGCGUCAGUUGCUUCAAUAAAAGUCUGUUGAAAAUGAUGCCUGUCUACAGAUACAUGGACUCAAAUCCUCACCGGAGAGACCAAGUGCCUUUCCCUCAACAUUUUUUCCCUGGUUUUGAGGCUGUUCCGCCUCACUUGAAGGUGGACCCAUCUAACUCUCCCAUGAUGUUUGAAUCUUGGCCUUGCAGCAGCAAUUAUGGGUACUCUGUUCCCUCCUAUAGUUGCUACAAUCAUGGCAACUUCCCUGCUUGCUAUAGCUUCAGACCUCCGUGCCCUCAUUUUGCACCACCACCAGCAUUUCACCAUUAUCCAAAUUAUCCUACAUUUCCUGUAGCUUACCCUGUUUAUUAUUUCCCUCCUCCGCACCAUUCGAAUGAACAGCCCAGGUAUGAAUAUGACAAGGAUGCACACGCAAAGCACCAUUGCUGUGGGUGUCCUAAUCAUCCUUGCAACCAGAAAAAUGAAAGAAGCUUAAAGAUUGAAGAGCAGGAGCCUGAUGCUGAGAAAAAGGAAGGUGAUUCGGUGGUUUCAAUUCAACCGAGAAGUUAUCCAUAUCCAGUAGUGUGGAUUCCACCUGAAUAUGUGAAAAAUAAGGAAUAUGGGAAGCGAAUUGAUCAGCCAGAGGUGAGUGACUGGGAUAAGGCUCCUCAUUUUACGAAGUCUUUCAAAAGUUUGAAGCCUACAGAACAGGAGCCAAGAGUUUGGAAUGGCUGGUUUCCACUUGACAUGAAUGGUUUGAAAUCUUUGAUGCAGGGUGAAGGGGAGAGAAAAACACAAAACCAACAGAAUGAAGACAAAAUGAGGCAAUUUCUGUUCCCAAUCUUUGGGGUGCCUUCUGAUACAAAACAAGAAGAGGAUGAAAAUCAAGAUAAAAGGAAGUGGAAAACUGCUUCAGAUCAUUCUAAACAAGCCCCUAACAGUUUUGAGUUUGUUCCAGUAGAAUCUUCUGGCAAUGAUGGUAGAACAGACAAACCUCAAGUAAAUGAAGAGUUUUCUCAUAAUAAGAGUGCUUCUGAGAUAGUGGGGAAAGCUGAAAAAUGUGCUUCUGUAAAACAAAUGGAGGUGCACAGGGAGGACAAGUCUGAAGGGACUGAAAAGAGAGGGAGAGAUGCAAGUGUGAAGCGCAUUGAAGACACUGCAAAAAAUGAACUUGGUGGGACCACCGCAAAAGGAAAGUCCCCAUCCCCUCAGAAAACAUCCAAGUUGCCUCCUGUUUGUCUGAGAGUUGAUCCCUUGCCAAAGAAGAGAAACGGUAAUGGCAGUUCAAGGUCUCCUAGCCCUCCUAAAGGACAAGCACAAGACACGUCGACAAAGGCCUGCACUGCACUAGGCUUGCAAGAAGAAUUCGCGGUGUGUCCACAAAAUCUGAAUGGUAGCCUUGGUAAAGUUGACCUGGAAAAAAGGAGAGAAAAUAUACAGGUGAUAGAAAAAACAUGCAAGGAAAACAAGGCUGGAGAAUGUACCAGCGCAAGUCAGGCUCAAGUUUUAGGAAACUUAUCUUUUGACUUCCAAGGAGUGUCGGGGACACCAAUCUCUGAAAGAACUGAAAGUGAUAGUCAUAAAAAUAAACUAGGAGAGGAAAAAUCAGCAAGUUCUGAGGAAGUUGUGGGAGCUGAGAAGGCAGCUGAAACAAUCAAAGCUACUAAUCUAGACAAAUCAGCUCCUGGUCAAUGCAAAGCAGAAACGAAAAGGAUGUCAGAUGCAGAAGCAGCCAAGCUCAUCCGGUCUGCCUACCGAGGAUUUGAGGUGAGAAAAUGAGAUCCCCUAAAAAAAUUGAAGCAAAUUGCUAAAGCUCGUGAGCAAGUGGAUGAGAUUAGAAAUCGUAUUCAAGCUCUUGAGUCUUCCUCUGAUCCCAACAAAGAUGAUAGGCAGAGACUGUUGAUUGGAGAAAUGAUCAUGAGUCUUCUCUUGAAACUAGAUAGUAUUCAGGGUUUGCACUCAUGUGUGAGAGAUGCUAGGAAAUCACUGGCGAGAGAGCUUGUGACUGCGCAAGAAAAGCUUGAUUCUCUAUCAAGCAAGUUUGCAGAAGAAAAGGUUAAGGAAUUGGCUACUGCUGCAUCUACAGAUUAUCCCCGUGUUGAUGCUUGCAGAAAUGCUAGCAUAGAAAAGGAAAGUAAAAAGACAUCAGGAGGUUGCAUAAGCUCUUUUGAGGAUACUAAUGAAAAUGGAAACAAUGUCAAAGAGCCAGAUCAGGAAAAUCUUUCAGACAAAGAGGAUAAAAAACCUGAUGCCAAGGAUGAGGAAACUACAGAGCCUCCCAUUGCCGACCAAGAGUUAGAUGGGAAAAUAGAGAAUGAACCUACUGAAGUGAGUAAUGAUAUUGAGCGUCAUACAGCACAAUCAACGCCCAUUAUGGAAUUAGAAAAUGAAGAUAUGUCUAGAAUCCAAGAUGGAGAUUUGUCUCCCAACCUUGAGUGUAUUACCCACCUGCCAUCGGCUCCAGAACAGAAGUCCAACGCUGAUGAGUUCUCAGAAAUGAAGGAUCUAACAAAAGAGGGAAAAUCUGAGGUAGUUGAAGUGAAUGAUCUGAUUCUUGUGAGUAAUAACUCAGAAGAGGAUAAGCUGAGGUCAUUGCCAAAGGAAAUGAUUGAUUGCAUGCAUACUGUUUGUGAACCGGAGAAAAAGAUUGGAAAUAGCAAUGGCGAGAAAGAAUCUGAUCUGCCAAUUAAUCAAGCUUUCCCAGCUGAAGUAGAGAAUUUGAGGUGCACUAAGAAAGACCAAGAGAUUGAUUUGUUGGAAGAGUUUCCACUUGGAAUAAUUGAUGAGGAACCAGCUAUUUCCAAAUUUGAGAAGUGUGAACUGCAUGAAACAGGGGAAAAUAAUAUAUUGUCUUCAACCGAGGGUCAUCUUGCUGGAUGUCAAGCAGAUGAGCAGUUACCAGAGGCAGCAUCAGACAACUGUGUAAAGGGUCAAAACGAGAAUGAUUUCACCAAGAGUCCUGCACUUAUAGAGGUGGAGCAAACACAGGAAAAAGAGGUCAAUAAUGACAACAAACUUGAAUCAGUCUUGAAACCAGAUUAAGUUCCCUCAACAGUAGGUGAAGAAAACAAUGACAAAGUGCAUCAAGAAGAGGAUGACUAUGGAAUGAUACCAGUUGAUCAUAUGGCCUUUUCAGAAUCAGAAGCUGGAAUUGUUGCAACUCAGGAAAAAGAAGUGUUGUUUGAGGAGAAGAAAGAACUAGUGGAUCAGCCGGUAGGAACUGAAGAGAAGGAAGAAAUAAAGGUGGAGAAUCAAACACAAGUCCAGGAACAAGAAUGCACGAAUAGUAAGGAUAAAGCAACUGACAUGCUUCGUGAGACUGCUGAGCAUAGGGUUCUUUCUGGGACAGAUGCUCUUUCAGAACCAAAUGUAGAGCAAGAUUUGUUAUCAGCAUCACCUGCUGCAAGCGAGAUGUCUAAUGAUGACCAUGACUUAGCUGAGAUUGGAGGAGACAAUAAACUAAUUGAAGAGAACAGGAAAUUGAGGGAGAUGAUGGAGAAGCUCAUGGAAGCUGGAAAACAUCAACUUACUGUUAUAUCCAACCUAACUGGAAGAGUGGAAGACCUGGAGGAAAAGUUAUCAAGGAACAAAAAGUUGAGCAAGCCGCGAUACAGAAAAGCAAUAUAUGGACCCUCUUAUUCCAGGCCCCUGAGAGUCAGAGGGAAGGCUGCAGAAGUUGCAAUGUGAGGACAUCUGGUAGUCUUGUCCUCCUGAAAUCAGAAUUUUAAAGCUAUAUCAAGUAGGAUUGAGUUGCACUGUGUCAGAGUUAGUUUGAUGUAGUGUUUAUAUGAUGAUAUCAAUAAUAUGGUUGUUCUUUUACUCCUUUUAAGAAAACUACUUUCUUCUUAA